ACAUUGUACUUGAAUGAUAACUUUCUCUUGGAAGUUCCAAAGGCUCUUUUCAAGGUCAAAUCUUUGAAUAUACUGCGAAUGAACAAGAAUUUGCUGACUUAUCUCAAAAAAGGAACUCUACUAAAUCUUGACAUGACAAACAAGCUUUACCUUGAGAACAAUAAGAUACUAGCCAUAGAGGAUGAUGCCCUUCCUAGAAGUCUUACUCUCAUAGAUUUAUCCAACAAUGAGUUUGAUUUUGUCGAUGAAAACCAGUUCAACAACAUGCCUGACUUAUAUAACAUUGAUUUUCGAAAUAACAGGAUCAGCUACAUACCAUUAAAUGCUUUUAAGAACAGUCCUAAAUUGAAAGACAUCUAUCUCUCUGACAACAAUAUCAAUUGGAUUGAUAAUGGUGCAUUUAGCACGGUAUGUGAUCAGAUAGAAAUUUUGAAUAUGGAAAGGAACUCACUUGCAUUUGUGGAAUUUGGAACCUUUGCAUCUAAAAGUAUGAAAGAAGUCCGCAUGAAAGAAAAUGACCUUCACGAUUGGCCUCAAGAUGGAUCGUUUUCUUCCCAAACUGAGGAGUUCUAUGCCGAAUUUGUCAAAAACAAAUUUGAAGUAAUCCGGACAGGGAUGUUUAAAGAUCACAGCAAAUUUCAGAAAGCAGACUUUGAAGAAAAUCACAUUUCAGAUGUAGAGAAAUAUGCUUUUCAAAACUUAAACUUGUCCUACACUGGGAAAAGUAAUGAUAUUUUUGGGGUUAUGCUCAUAAACAAUCCAGUAUCUAACUUAGAACCGUACAGUUUUACUGAUAUUACCUCAGAGACAAAGGGUAAAGGUUUGACAAACCAUGCGGGGCUUCAUCUUGAGAAGAUAACUACCCUUUACACAUUGCGAUCUAACACCUUCAACAACGUCAAACUUGAUUAUAUCUUACUUAAUGACGGAAAGAUAGAACUUAUUGAGACCCACUCAUUCAAUGAAAUCUACUUACACUGGACUCUUCAAUUCAAUAAUGGACCUCUUAAGUAUGUUGCAAAGAGAGCUGUUAAUGCGGAAUACAUCCAAUAUAUCCAAUUCAACGAAAACAAAAUCAGGAAACUACCCUUAGGAGCGUUUGAGGAGAUUAAAAGCUGUGAGAACUUCAACAUAGAUAACAACGAAAUAGACUUUAUUGACACAGAUUCGUUGCCGAAUUGCCAAGGAAAAUUCAACUUUAGAAACAACCUUAUCACGCAUGUAGUUACUGAUGCGUUCCGAAAAGCCACUUCCAUUAAAAAUCUCCAGCUCAAUGAUAACUUAAUAGUAAAGAUCGAGGCAGGUGCUAUGGACACGUUUGCGAGUAAAUUGAAGGAAUUGUGGCUGAACAAAAACCGUCUACCACAAAUACCAGACAAUCUUGUCAACACAGCUAAUCUCGAUGUUCUCAACGUGGCUGACAACAAAGCUUUUCAUACUGUUGGGAUCCAGAAACUUGCAGGAAGUGAUAAGGGUACAGUUGUUGCGGACGAUAGUCAAGGUGCUUUCAUCGACGGAACCUUGUAUGAGAACGUGAAAAAGAAUGCUAAAGACGUGCUUGUUUAUGGGGUCAGUGAGUGCACCUGCAAUCUCAUGCAGGUCAUAACAAAUAUCAAUGCCAUACAAGGAACAACAAUCAAAUUCAAAGGACCCAAAAAAUGUACGUACACCCAUGUGGAUAACGGAAACGAGCUGCAGUUGACACUGAGCGACACCUCUCCUAAUAGCGUGAAGAAGAAGCUCCAGUGUGAAGUCUACUCUACCAGCCUGGUCAGGGUAUCACGAACAUUUGAAGACCAGCUUCCCACCCAGGAAACUCUUACAAUGCACUGGAAAUUCCCAGAAACAGCCGUUUGGAACAAAGCUGAGACAGUUUACUGUUGUGAAGAUAGAGCAUCUAGUGGGUGUAUUAACCAGGCUACCGUUAUAAUGGAGUGUAAGCAGCAGGGGAUCAAUAGUAAUACAGGGAACAUAUUCCUGACUACCAGUCCCUUCAACGUGGAACUGGCGAAGACUGAUAGUUGUGACAAAGAGUUUAGUCACAGUGAGGAUAUAGACUUUUCAACGGCUGAUUUCAUAUUCUGCGCGGUGAAGAUAGAAAUACCUGGUGCAGCUGGCAAGUAUUCGUCUGUUGGAGCAUGGAGGGUCGGAUACCAAGAGGAACUGAAGAAGACAGAAAAAAUACCUCAACCCAAACAGACCACCACAUUUCAGGCCACAUACUUCGAUCUGACAAACGAUUUUGAAGACUUCCAAAAUAUGGGAUAUGACAAGAUAUACCGGAACCCCAAAAUGUUUGAUUCCCCCAGUAUUGGCCCAUAUCUUUACAUGACCGAUAAAUUUAGCGCUGCUGACACCAUCACCCAGUGGUUCACUCCAAAUUCAAACAUCAAAGACAUCCUCCAGGAGGAAUUUCACCUUCAAAGCUGCCCAGGGUUUGGAGCUAACUCUGACUGCAUGUUCGCGCGGCAGUGGUGGCCAGUAGAUGAGUUAGUAAACCCACCCACUGACACUACCGCUAACUUCAAGCGGCACAACAUGUAUUUCACCGCCCGACUGAGACUAGCCGUGUUGCUGACAGGUGACGAGGUGUUGAGUAUAGGAGGUCCUGAUGAUGUAUGGGUGUUCAUGAACGGUACACUUGUUUUGGAGGUGUUGGCUGAAGAGGAGGACAAGUCCGAUCUUCCUUGCGGAGAGAUCUCUUUUAAGCGUGGUGCAAACAAGUUUGUAGCAAAAUACGGGUUUAUUGACAAGGUCAGGGAUGAGACCCAGGUGGGACGCUGUAAUUUGGGUGUCGAAGAGACUGAUGUUGAGGCGGGAAUGUUCACUCUUUCUGAUGAGAUGUAUGUUGACAUCUUCACAACUCAGAGACGCUCCCUUUCAUCCCAGCUAUUCUUGAGACUCUCCCAAUUUCAAGUUAUUGAGUCAAGUAACUACGCUGCAUUUACUAUGUCAGAAAGGAAAAUACGAUCAGGAAAGAUUGACACUCUCGACUUCACAACCGUCCUCGGACUGCAAACAUACGAAGUCGACAUAGUCAGCACAGGGUCUGAUAACGAUAACUUUGAGGUACACGACAGUGAGUUUGUUUGGAAACAAGACCCGGACCCUCACCCUGCUAACCAGGACCCUGGAUCUGGUGUCCCUGAGUUCUACAAUUGUAGUGAGGCAGUGGUCACUGUCCCUGUUGUCACUCCUGCACAUUCCUCAACCAUUGAGACUCCCACAGCUCUUGUUAUACUGAAGAAUGCUAUAGACUACGAGAGUAUUGAAGAGAAGUUUGUACACCUGUACUUGGAGGUGCACUAUGAGUUUGAAGGGGAGGACACACGUGACUUUGUAACUCCAAUCAGGAUCAGGAUAAAUGUGGAAGAUGCAAAUGACAACUGCCCUGAUUUUAAAGACGAUGCAGAGACUCUUAUUGAUAGAACUGAGUUGUGUUUAGAUCUGCGGGGCACACUGUUAAAUGUGACUGAUGCUGACAAUGGUCCUAAUAAAGCUGUCCAGUACUACAUUGGAGGGUACGAAGUACUGAACCUGAACGAGAUGGAAUAUGAGAAGUACCGAACUGUUGACGACUACUUCACUUACGAGAAAUUCAUGGUGGAGUACGUGAUAACGGUGUAUGCAGUGGAUAAAGGAGAACCGGUCAGACUGGGAACUAAACAUUACUACCUCUUCACUAUCAGCGCUUCUUGUAUUCAAGACAUGCAGUUCAUUGCAGGACUUGAUACUGGACUCUUUAACGUGAAAGCUCCUGGUUGGAUGGUAUCCUCCUCGUUCCUAGGGUAUUGUGACACGUGCACACUAGGGUACCGUUGUCCUGGAUACGGAUCUAGGGUCCAGUGUACCACGUGCAGUCAAAAUUACCCCAACGAAGAUCUAGAUAAGAAGAUGUUUGAAGAUUUGGGUCUUCCCCGAGAGGAGGAGGAUUGUGAGAACAAGAGCAAGUUCGAGAUAUCAUUCGGGGGACAGUCGACCUGCUCGCCUUGUAAGCCAGGUUGGGAAUGUAAGGAGGGAGUUGGGACACCAGUAGAGCAGCUGGAGAGAGAAGAGGGGGAGGAGGUAGGGACCCACUACAUCAACUUGUGUACUGAGGGAGAUGGUGAGGAUUGUAGUCAGGAGAUGAAACUAUGUGAGCCAGGGUACCUCUGUAGGGCGGGUGUUACUGACAAGUGUCCGUCAGGACAGUUUAGCAACGCUGGGUCUAGUCGCUGCUCCUUUUGUCCUCCUGGAGAGUUUGCGCUAGAUAGAGGUUAG